UUUAUUUAUUUGCCUGCGUGCGCCGCGCUGCCGCAGAGCAGUAAGAGCCGCUCCACGCCGUGCCUAGCGCUGGAAGCGGCUCUGUAUUGCAGCAGGUAGGGCUGAGCGCUAGGACCUCGGAGAAUCCUUCCAGCAGCAAUCAGGACUACCUUAAACCCAGCCCAAUGCCUCUUCCUGCGCCACUCUGCGUGCUGGAUGGAGAUCCACAGUCAAGAGCUGCAGCUCAGUGCUGGAGUACAACAUUUCACAGGGAGCCCUGCAGAAGCAACACCUGUUUCGAGCCAGCCAAGAAAGACACAAGCACUUGUAUGUUGCUGCUUUGCUUGUGGAUCGUCAAAAAUCGUAAACCAGUGGACAUCUGCUGAUCCUCCUGAGAAUUCUGGAUAAUAGAUUUGGACGUCAAAAGUUUUUGUGGCUUUUUUUUCCUUUUUCUUUUUUCCUUUUUUUUUUUUUUUUUGGAUUUAUCUCAGCCAACAACGUGAGAUUCCCCCCUCCCCCUUUGCAGGAUUCAUGCUGAUGUAUGCAGUCUGUUAUAGAGUAAAAACAGCGCAUGCCUUUCUGGAGUCAGAAUCCAUAAAUCCUGACGUAGCCUGUGCAUCUUAAAAAAAAAAAAAUCCCUAUAACGCCUAGGUAUUUAAGUUGCUAUGGUCAUUCUUAUCUUAAACCAAAUGGAGAAACUACGGAUUUUUUUCUUUAUUACAGUUGGAUGGGCUGAAGACCGUAUUGCUUGCUAAGAGCUGGGGAUAUAUGCAUUUAUAUAGAUAUACACAUCUAUAUGUUUAUAAAUAUGUCAGUGUGUGAGUAUAAAGUGGUGGUUUCUUAGACUAACUGGUUUGACCUUGAACCUGUACCAGUCAAAACAGAAUAUUACUUUUAUUUAUGCAUUUAAUGGAUUGAAGAAAGAACAUUUUCGCUGUAACUGCGAUAGGGAGGGGAGAGGAGUGGAAUAUACCUAAUCUUACAUCUCCUGGGUUUGGCACCAUCAUUAUUGUUUAUUCUUAUUCUCUAAAAGCAGAAUCUUCUGAUGGCUCCCUUAGGUGAAGUUGGGAACUAUUUCGGUGUGCAGGAUGCAGUACCCUUUGGGAAUGUGCCCGUUUUGCCGGUGGAUAGUCCGGUUUUGUUAAGUGACCACCUGGGUCAGUCUGAGGCAGGUGGGCUACCUAGGGGGCCUGCGGUCACGGACUUGGACCAUUUAAAGGGGAUCCUCAGGCGGAGGCAGCUAUACUGCAGGACUGGAUUUCAUUUAGAAAUCUUCCCCAAUGGUACUAUCCAGGGAACCAGGCAAGACCACAGCAGAUUUGGUAUACUGGAGUUUAUCAGUAUAGCAGUGGGCUUGGUCAGCAUUCGAGGAGUCGACAGUGGACUCUACCUUGGAAUGAAUGAGAAAGGGGAACUGUACGGCUCGGAAAAAUUAACCCAGGAGUGUGUAUUCAGAGAGCAGUUUGAAGAAAACUGGUAUAACACAUAUUCAUCAAAUCUAUAUAAACACGUGGACACUGGAAGACGAUACUACGUUGCGUUAAAUAAAGAUGGGACUCCGAGAGAAGGGACUAGGACUAAACGGCAUCAAAAAUUUACACAUUUUUUACCUAGACCAGUGGACCCUGAGAAAGUUCCGGAACUAUAUAAGGAUAUUUUAAGCCAAAGUUGACAAAGACAAUUCCUUCACUUGAGCCCUUAAAAAGUAACCACUAUAAAGGUUUCAUGCAGUGGGUUCUUAUUGAUUAGCUGUGUCAUCACAUCAGCUCCACUGUUGCCAAACUUUGUCGCAUGCAUAAUGUAUGAUGGAGGCUUGGAUGGAACAUGCUGAUUUUGUUCUGCACUUAAAGGUUUGUCCUCCUGGAGGAGAGCCUAUGCCCACUCGCUUGAUUUAGUACAAGAAGGAGCGUGAGAGUGAGUGCGAGAGAGAGAGAGAGAAAGGGAGAGGGUGAAUGGGAGUGUGAGCGCAAGAGAGAGGAGCCAAGGGAAGGAGGAGGAGGAAGACCUGAUGCAUGCUGGGGAAUAGACACGCUUUUAAAUUUUUGAUCAGUUGUACUUCGUCAUAUAUCAGCAUAGCUGCCAUACUUCGAUUCAUCAGGAUUUUUGACUGGUGGCCUGCUCAAGUGUACGCUGCAUUUACAAAGGCAUGGAGGGUGCAGUCUUACUUAAACAAGAGACUUUUCAGUUAAUCGCUCUCUGGGUCUCACCCCACUGAGUUUAAAGCAAAGACCUCUUAGUAAGAAAAUAAAAAUAAAAAGUUAAAUUUAUUUAUAGAAAUUCCAAAGGCAACAUUUUAUUUAUUUUAUAUAUUUAUUUAUUAUAUAGAGUUUAUUUUUAAUGAAAUAUGUACAGGCCAGAUAGGCAUUUUGGAAGCUUUAGGCUCUGUAAGCAUUAAAAUGGCAAAGGCCACUCUGAACCUGUGGUAUAUUCAUGCAAGUAAAUCUAAAGGUGCAUGGAUAAAAAAAAACACAAAACAAAGCAACACAAUAAAAAGGUAAUAAUAAUAAUAAUAAAUUCUAGUGACCCUCAUGUAAAGGUGACAAUCUCUUUUGUGCCCGUAUUAUUGUACAAGUAUGCACACCACUCAUGACACUGAGUCUUCACUCUUCUGACUGCUUGUUUCAUAGCUUAACCCCAGAGGAUUAAAGAGAAAACUGGGUCUUUGACUUUUUUUUUUUUUGUGUCCGUAAUAUUUCCUCUCUGAUAAAGUGACUUCUUACAUCGGUGUAAACUUCACAGCUGUGGAAAAUACAGGGGUUGGCAUAUAUUCUAUUUGUUAAAAACCUAUUGCAGAUUAUACCAAAGCUAAAUUAUAAAUAUGCUCCCCCCCCAAGCAGAGUGCCAGAAACAUCAUAAGUAAUAUGAAAAAUUGUACUAAUUUCAAGAUUCCACAAAUAGCACAUAACGAUGUCCGAGGGCAAAAAACAGGUUAACAGGAUCAUUCUUGUAAACAUGUUUAUUUGUGCUCUUGACUAUCUGCUAUGAAGUUAUACAAGUUCCAUAGGGGUCAUUGUAACAUCUUUUAUGAAAAAUUGCUUUCAGUGUGAAUUGUCAUAAUACAUGAUAUUAGCACCCUUCCUAAAGUAAAACUUGCAAAAUGAACUAAUAAAUCUCUAUCAAUAAUGACAAUGAGGGGCACAAUAUUAGACUAUUUUUUUUUUUUUUCCUAAAGAAUGUUCGAAUUUUCAUGAACUGGAAGUGAGCUGACAGUAAGUAAUAUUUAGGAAUUGUAGGAGUUUAUGUUAAGCACACAAACACGUUGAUUAGCAGUUACCAUUUGGGAAUUAAUGCUUAUGAAGAGGCAUUUUCCCCCAGUACCCUGCAGUAAAAAAAAAAUAAAAUAAAAAAAGAGAGAGAAAAAUCAUGUACGUUCCAUGCGACAAAUGCAUUUUGUAGUUGUUGUAUCCCUUGGGAUUUGAAUAUGGUGCCACUCAGUUGAGUGUAACCUUUGCCACUGGAUCUGUCAGGAGCAUGGCUGGUCCUGAUACCCCCUUUUGUCUGCAGAGGUACAGAGGCUGAGCACAAAUGUGCUUUGGAAGAGCUAUACAGGAGUUUGUAGCCUAUUUGUAGUUAAGUACUUUUUGCUCUAUGGCACUCUUAUCCAUGUGCUAUAUAUAUAUUAUUUGACACAUAAUUCUGUUCUGGAAUAACCUCUGGCUUGGUGACCUGAAUGAAUGUGACCUCUCUUACUAGGGCAGGUAGGAGGGGCCACGUCUCAACUGGUAAUAUCAGUAAUCCUAAUAGAACGUGGCAUUUUAUUAUAAUUGUUUAUGAAUGAUAAAGAUACGUAAAUUAUGUUAGUUGUUUUGUAGGAUACAGUUAGACAUACUUGUCUAGGGACUGUUAUUGCCUGGGAAUUUACAGCCUUCGACUGCAGCCCAUGAGUUCGUUUUAGCCCUUUGGAGCUGCUGAGACUUGCAAGCAGUUUGGCUGCUGUGGGUCCAACGGGUGCUGGAUCAUUUGUUCAGGUGGUGCAAAGCCAUGCUGGACCAUAGGAGAAGAAAGCCAGGUUCUGGUGAGGACUAGGGUUCAUUGCUCAGUGUUAAACAGAUCAAUACUACUGCAGGGAAAGGAGGUCACAACUCUGCUUUUUCAGUAGAUCUGACAUAGACCAGGAAAUUAAUCACAAAGGUAAAAAUGCUGUGAGUUGAGGCCACAAUACUAGGGCACAGUGUGAGUCUUAAUGUUAAAUUGACUUGGAUUUUUAGUCAUAGGCAAAUCAUUACUGCUAGUUAACAUGUUUUAUUUAAUUUAUUUUUUUGUAUUUUUCUAAAGAAAGGAUUAAACCCAAGAAAAAUGUUAUGAGUUUAUGGCAGUUCAUAUAAAUAAACUGUAACCGAUUUACUCGAAUAACCCAUAAUGGUGUGUAAAUACUGACUUUAUGUAAAUACAGAAACAUGUAAUUUAACAUAGGCGUUAUUGCAAGACUGGAUGGUCCAGGAGCUGGCAGUUUGCCACUCCCUGCAGGUUCAUUGGGUCAAAUUUGGCCUUUUUUGGGUGGCGAACAACAGAUUCUGUUCAGUCACUUGUGUAAAAUGAGUUAUUUCUGUUUGUUUCCUGGUGGGCGAUGGACAAAACCAUCAUUACCUGGGUGCUCCUGAGCUCCUUUGCCAAAGUGUGAAGAGGUAUGGAUGCUCUCCUGCUCCUUAUGUGAUCCUGCUAAAAUAGGGCUGGAGAGGGCUGACAUGGCACAGCAGGAAGGCUUGCAGUGCCUCUCUUCCUGUGCUGUGGACAAACAGAAAUCUUCAUUUUCUAGUGCUGUCCAUCUGGCACCUUCCUUGAGCACUAAAAUUCACUUGAAAAAAAAUCUGAGGGAAAAACAGAAGAAUAAUUGGUGUUAUUUACUUGAUAUUCUGUAAUGGUGUGUAAAUACAUACAGAAUUAUGUAAUUUGUAUAAAUACAUUGCUACAGAAUUUUGAAAAUUGGUAUUAUUUGCUUGAUGUCCCUUCAGAGCAUUUUCUUAUAACCAUGCACAUAUGUAAUAAUGGGAUUGCAAAAAGGUGUCCUUUCUUAUUCCUAGAAUGAGUGUGAGAAAAUUCUGGGGAGACAAAAAAAAUCUCUUUUUUGCUAAGUUGGAAAAAACGUGCCAGGGUAUCUUUUUGUCAAGAAGUGGAUUAGCAUUUCACCUGCAGCAGGUCUGUCUGGGGUAAAAAGGUGAUGGAGAUCCAGAGCAAUGUUAUUGUAUGGGCUGGUUUUGAGCUGCAUCUGGUUAUGUGUCAGGCAGUGCUCUCAAACUGAGACGAGGAGGAUCAAACCUAGCAGAACUGGGUGGUGCAAGGAGUGGAAGGAGGAAAACAGGAAGUUUUCUUAAAUUGUCACUAAUCAGUGCAGAACUUGAACUGCCCACUGGCAGGAAAAAGAAGAUGCCUUUCAUAAAUCCCUGGGUGCAAGACGAGGAGGCUCGAGAUGAGACUCUCUGGUGUAAAAACUCAAGCAUUACUGUUGUCCCCCUGGCAAAAGAUAAAAGUGGGUUUAAUAAGUACUAAUAGGACGGAGUUGAAGAGACUGCUUACAAAGCAGUCUCUCAGUUUCUUUGGAGACAGACUAUGACAGGAGGUAAGACAGGAUGCAUCUGCAGCAUGUCUUUCAGAGUCCCUUGCAUCAUCUUCUUAUGUUAUGCUCUUCUCUGCAUGUUUUUUGAUCAAGUAAAGAAGUAAAUAUAAGGUCCAGCUCUGUUACCCAUGAUUGUAGCAGUAGAAAUAAAUGGGCUGUGAGCCAUUCUGAAUAUCUUUUUGUAUGAGCUGCUGUCCCAGCUAGUGAAUUCUCAUAAGGUUCCUGUGAGGUACAUUUACAAACAUGGAGACAGGGAUAUGGCCAGGCUCCUUCCAACUGCAUUUUGUUUUGCAGAAAUGUGAGAUUCCUGAUUCUUUGAAAUUUUGAUGAAAUCUUGAAAACUCGCCCCCUGCUCAUGUAGCUGUGUCCGUGUAGGAGCUGCAUUUGUAGGUAGGGAAUCUGGGGGAAGAAGUAACCAAAAAAUCGUCCUCAGCAUUUCCAUGUGGCCUAUCAUUUACUGAUCUGAGAGCAGAAACCAGAAGCCGCCUGUUUUCCAGACUUUUCUGUUUUUAAACUGUUAGAGCUCUCUGUGGGUUGCUCACAGGUCAUUUCUGUCCUGCCCUGGUGUUAUCUUUCACUUUACCAUAAAACUACAAGGUGUUUUUUCCAUCUGGCCCCUAAAUAGGUACCAGUAGUGUAACCUCACCUCCUCUUGUCAAGAACCUGGAACAACCUGCCAAAGAGUUGGUUGCUGAAGAUUUUGGCAUUGAGAAGUGAGCAGGAUAAGGCUAAUUAGCACCUUCAAUUUAGGAUUUAUAAAUUUAUCCAUCAAGGAUAAGAAAGACAGUGCAUGAUUAUGAACAAAUAAAUGCUAUUGCUCAAAGUGUCUUGUCAGCUCAGUUGCAGGAAGUUUGAAACCAGAAAAUGUUUCUUGAUGUUCAGGAAAUUUAAAAUGAGAAUAAUAAUAAAGUUCCACCUGUGGAGGAGUUUAUAAAACCCAGUCUUGUUACCUUUUCCCCUGAUGGUUAUAUAUCUUUAAUAGCUUGUGUGCAUUUUCAUCUAACUGAUGAUAUUGGAAAAGAUUUUUAUUUUUAAUUCAUUAUUACUAAAGUCCAGCUGUCUUUGCAAAAUUUUUCAGUUAUUCUGGUCUGAAACCUGGGGCGGGAAAAUAGCUAUGUGAUCCUGGGUUAGGAUAGAGGGUCACACGUGUUACAAAGAUGCUGUGGUUGUGCUCUGAAGCUGGUACAGUCCAUAGAAUGAUGUUGUCCUGUUGUAGCUAAAACACAGAGGGCUAUAAGAUUAUUUGUACCUUAAUACAUUAUGUGUUGUUGUUAUCAUAGGUGAGAUCUUUUCAAAUGAUCUUCAAGUCAUGCUGGAUUUAUUAAACCUGCAUCUGUCUCUUGAACACAUUUUCACCAACAUCCUGUGGUGGAGAGCAGUGUGUAAAGUAAAUUUUAACUCCAUAUUAGUGAUGCAGAGAGGUUUCACCUCAUAGCAAAAGAAAUAAAAUUAAAAAAUAUAUCCUUUUUUCUUUAGGUCAACGGAAGUUAUUUUUAUGUGCAGUCCUCACAAGUAGCAGCUACAACAUAGUUAAAAGACUUCUGGAAUUAGACUGAACUGUCAACACGUUUCUCACAUUUCUGUUUUCUUGAGAAAUCACAGACCAUCACGUUAUGGUGAUGUGCAAAAUACACCCUGUAGAUUUUUUUUUUCCCAUGUCCAGAGGGCCUGGAUUUAUGUAUAUCUUACUGUUGGAGGCAGCAAGUCUAGGUGAAAAGAGCAUUUCUGUAAUGUUGUAACUCAUUCCUUUUAUUGACAGCCUUCUCCCUCCCCCUGCCAAGUGUAGUUUUUGUUAAAAUUAGUAUCAUUUCUACCCUUGUUGAGUGAGUAGAUGUAAACCUUGAAACAGUGUCUUGAAACAUUUCCUCACAGCUGUGCUCUUGAAUGCAUACUUCUUUCUUUUAUAUUUCUUACCUAAUAUAACUUCUAUUGCUUUUUGGAAACGUUUAUGCUUGUUAUUAAUAUACAUUUACUCAAUUACAGCCAAAUUAAGUCUUCUUUAGUUAAGCCAGUUUUCUCUUUCUGGGCCUCAUGUUUUGGCAGGCAAGGCAAUAACUUCUCAGCUAGGAUCCUUAUUUUUUCUUUUCUCUUUUUUUCCUGCCACAAUCAGUCUUUUUUAUUCAUAGACUGUAGGUAGUUUUGCAAACCUUCACAAAGAAAGUGCAUGGUGAGACUGUAUAUCCUGUCUUAUCUUCACUCAAGCAAAGCAGAACACUUGCUGGUAACCAUCCUCUGUGCAUUUUUAUCCUUGAGACAUUGCUUGCUUUGACUCCAGAUGGAAUCAGCACUUAUAUUUUCCUCUUUAUAUCCCCGAUGUUCCUAAUAGGAUUAUUAGAAAGGUUGUUCCAUGCAUAAUGGCAGUUUAUUCAGAUGUGGCAUAUCCAUUUCCAUUUCUUCUUCCACAAAGUGUUCUGUGGAAGCCCUCAUUUGUUACCCAUUCACAUCAGUUAAUAUCUAAAGUCCAUUGCAGACAUCACCUUCUUAACUUGAAAUCUCUUAAUCAGCUGCUUUGUAUUACUUGAUGUUUGCAACUCUUUUAAUGAUAAUGAUUUAACAUGUGUGUUAAAGAUGCAAAGUCUGGUUGUCAAUCACUUUUGUUGCAAGACCUGAACUGUUUCCUGAAGAGCAAAAGCCACGUACACGUCCCCAGUUCCAGUAAGGAUAUUUUUCUCUGUGGUGCCAGUCCACCUCACUGUCCUUCAGAGGAAAGCAGGUCUUUUGGCCCCUUCAGUGUGCAUGGAAAUCACUCCCAAAUGGCCUGCUCCAUCACCUGCACUCCUGUAUUAGCUCUUUAAUAAAAACUCCCUCUUCCAAACAA